GAUGAGUAGGAGCAGCCUGGGUGCUGCGCCUCCCUGCAACCUCCACAAAACAAGGGAGAACGCGACGAGAGGAGAACGGAUAAUUUUACGUGCGUGUCAAAUUAAAAAUCCAGACUUUUGGACCUGAACAUCAUUUGCUUGGAUUACGAGUGGAUUAUAUUCGACGUUAGACUGUGAAGAGGCUCUUUUUAGUGGAGUAUAAAGAGAGGAACUCCGCUGAGGAGAAAUGGAAAGAACAAUGAAUGGGCAAGUACUGCUGUUUGUGUCUCUGUUCGCCCUCGACGCAGUGUACGGCCAGGUCAGCUAUUCCAUUCCAGAGGAGAUGAGCAGAGGAUCUUUAGUGGGGAACAUAGCGCAAGAUUUGGGUUUAGAAAUACAACGUCUGAUUUCCGGCAAAGCAAAGAUCUAUUCCAGAAAUAAUGAAGAAUGCAUCGAACUGAGCCGAGAGAAAGGAGUCCUCCUCGUGAAAGAGAGGAUCGACAGAGAGGCUCUUUGCGCACACACCGCGCUUUGUGCGCUGCAUUUCCGUAUCAUUUUGGAAAGUCCGAUCGAAUUUUACAGUGUUGCUGUGCAGAUUACCGACAUAAAUGACAAUGCGCCGAGUUUUGAAAAAAAUGAAAUGAAAUUUAAAAUAAGUGAGUCGACGACCGUGGGAGCAAAAUUUGUUCUCCAAAGGGCGGCGGAUCUAGAUGUCGGAAUUAACGGCGUUCAUAAUUAUGAAUUAAAACCAGCAGACCAUUUUGCUCUAAAACAGCAAAAUAACGCGGAUGGAAAUAUAAAUGUGGAGAUGAUUUUACAGAAGCCAUUAGACAGAGAGAAAGCGGAGCAUUUGUCUCUCGUGUUAACGGCUGUAGAUGGAGGAGAGCCGCGCAUGUCGGGAACGAUGUUGAUUCACGUUACAGUGUUAGACGCGAACGACAAUGCCCCCGUUUUUACACAGCAGACAUACAAGGCUAUUGUGACUGAGAAUUCACCUCCAGGGACACUUGUGGCAACUGUUUCUGCCUCUGAUGCCGAUGGAGAUUUAAACUCUAAAAUAUCCUAUUCAAUAACAAACACCCAAGAUAACGUUAGAAAUAUAUUUGACAUUAAUAAAGAAAACGGCCAGGUUUCAUUAAUUGGAAAUAUAGAUUAUGAGAAAUCAAGACAUUUUCAAAUUCAUUUACUUGCGAGUGAUGAUGGAGGGCUCACAGAUUCUUCUAAGUUGAUGAUCGACGUACUAGAUGAAAAUGACAACAGACCCGAAAUAAACAUUAUGUCCAAAUCAAAUGUGAUAUCAGAAGGGGCCGAAAUCAAUACUGUUGUUACUGUUAUUAGCAUAGAGGAUUUGGAUUCGGGAGACAAUGGAAUGGUGAAAUGCUUUAUUAAUGAAAAUAUUCCAUUUACUCUCAAAACCUCUGAAAAUAAUUUUUAUAGCUUAGUGACAGAUAAUGAUUUAGACAGAGAGAGGUCGUCUCAGUAUAAUAUCACAGUGACGUGCUCUGAUGAGGGUGUGCCCUCCCUCUCCAGCAGCGUCACUCUCACCUUACUCAUCUCAGAUGUAGCGCAGGAUGGAGGCUCCCCUCCCCUCAGCAGCAAUGUGAGCGUUCGCAUCCUGAUCCAGGACCAGAACGAUAACGCCCCUCAGGUCCUGUACCCGGUGCAGACGGGUGGAUCGCUGCUGGCCGAAAUGGUGCCUCGUUCGGCAGAUGUGGGUUACCUGGUGACGAAAGUGGUGGCCGUGGACGUGGACUCUGGCCAGAACGCCUGGCUCUCCUAUAAAGUGCACAAAGCCACCGACAGGGCGCUGUUUGAAGUGGGCCUCCACAACGGAGAAAUCCGAACUGUCCGCCAAGUGACUGACAAAGAUGCNNACAACGGAGAAAUCCGAACUGUCCGCCAAGUGACUGACAAAGAUGCUGACAAACAUUCAGCGACAGUCAUUGUGAAUGUGGCGGUGGCCGACAGCUUCCCUCAAGUGCUGUCAGAGUUCACUGACUUGAGCAUGCACGACAAGGAGUACAAUGACCAGCUGACUUUUUACUUAGUCUUGGCUCUGGCAGUGGUAUCCUUUCUCUUCAUCACCUGCUUGCUGCUUAUCAUAUCGGUCAAAGUGUACCGAUGGAGACAGUCUCGCGUCCUGUACCACUCCAACCUGCCAGUCAUUCCGUAUUGUCCACCACGUUACUCGGAUACUUUGGGGACGGGGACUCUCCCGCACGUGUACAAUUACGAGGUGUGCAGGACCACUGACUCCAGAAAAAGUGACUGUAAAUUGGACAGAGCUGCUAGUCACAACGUGCUGGUCAUGGACUCUGGUUCAACAGGGACCACCCAGAAGCCUUUCAGGGAAAAGAAUAUCCUGGAUGAACCUGACUCCCCUCUUGAGGUUAGUUUGUAACAUUGUCAUGUGGAGUGCUCUGUAUCUUUUUGGUUCAUGACCUAUUUUCUGGGUGCAUUAUAGUAUCUCUUAGGUCUACAAUACUCUAUAAUUUCCAUCAAGGAUAAAUGUUAAAAUAUGAGAGGCAUUGUUUCAAUUCUCCUUGAUUUCAGUUGCUUACUGAGAAUAAUAUGCAGUGGGAGGGAAGUGGAGA